AUGAUGACAAUGCCGGACCGUAUUCCCGCCCGAUCGCGACACUCGGCACGUACGCACAUCAAUCGGGCCUGUGAGUCCUGUCGCCACCGCAAGACUAAGUGCAAUGGGAUGCACCCAUGUCAAGCAUACACCUCUCUAGAAAAAUGCAUAUACCGAAUUGGACGUGCACGAAAGAAAAAAACGGGUGGCAGCGCAGAGAGACUAUCCGACGUUGCACCAAAACGUCCAGCUGAAAUAGAAGCUCCCAAGGAUGGAUCGGGUCCCGUCUUAAACGACUUGUUACAGUUCAAACGACAUCAAGCAUUGCGAGUAGGCAUCGGGGUGUCGAACCCUGCUACUGGGUCAUUUCAGUUCUACGGCCCCUCUUCAUACUUCUACUUCAUUCAGAAGAUAUACGAGCGGGUGAAGAGAAAUUCAGCCAACGUUGUUCCACCGCAAAGAUUGACUGUUCCUGAGGGUAUAGAGAAGUGGGGAAUUGAAAGAUUCAUGUUUUCAGUCGAGGCGAGCGGCGAGUGUCGGGCACCACAACCUCAUGAAGCAUGUCUACCAAGGGAAACCAGGUUUGAAUUCAUUCACGCCUAUUUCAAGAUCAUGCAUCCCCAAAUGCCAGUUCUCUCUUUUUCUGAAAUCAUAGCAGUCUGGAACACACUCUGGGAGCCCCCAAAACCUGGAAAAUGUACCCUGAAAGGCAAGGAGUUGCUCUACAUGGUGCUGGCCAUAGGAGCUCGAGUGUCCUCAUCUCAUGGUCAGCAAUCUGCGGAGUCGCUUGGCCAUUGGGCGGAACAUUUUUCUACUAAAGCGGACAACCAUAUCACCAUGUUUCAGGAACCUAGCCUGAAGGGAACACAUUUCAUGUUACUGAAGGCAAUGUACGCUCUCCAAGUGGUGAGACCAAACGAAGCAUACCUUUACUUCGGAUACGCUGUGCGAGGCAUGCUCGCUCUUGGAAUCAAUCGCUCGCAAGUUACAGAGGGUCACAAUCUCAGCAUGCACCGUCUCCGUCUGACAUUCUGGACAAUAUUCGCCAAUGAGAAAAUGUCAGCGCUGUUUGUUGGGCGGCCAUCAUGCUUGUGUGAAGAUCAGAUUGACACACCCUACCCCGAGGACUUACUUUUGCAGGAUUCUGACACCGGGGACCUGUAUUCAGGCCCAACUUCGGCGUGUAGUUGGAUCAGAGCUAUGGCUGAAGUCAGUAAGAUCGCUGACAGGGUAUCGAUUGGAACGUAUUCGCCGACAAGCAUGCGCUCAGUCUCGGACGUCACACGAUCGGAAGACAUAUUAAUCAAGUGCGAUGCGGCACUCAAGGAAUUUGGUCAAUCGCUACCCUCAUACUUGCACUUUUUCGAUCCAAAUCUACCGAUCGGACAGAACUGGGAGGAAGUUCAGCGCAUCAGUCUAGGUCUCAAUUACUAUUUGACGCAGAUGCUAAUGCACCGACCAACAUUGGUUUUUGCCACUUCCUUCGGCUCUACUGCAGAGGCAGAGAGGAACUCGGCUGGCUUGCUGAAAAUUCAGGACUCUGUUGAGGCAUCUAUUUCUGCAGCAAGGAAUCUUAUCAACCUUGCAUACGACAUGUACUUCGAAAGAUAUCCUGAAAUUCGCUUCGACGGUUCUUGGGCCACCUUCCUCGCCUCGGCUUGCAUCACUUUACUUUACGAUGUACUUGACCCCCGAACAGCGCCGCAGCAUGCUAGCUCGGUAUUCAUUACGGUGGAACGUGGGAUCCGAUGUCUCGAUGAAAUUGAACAUAUAGGCCCACUCACUGGAAAAGCUGUCAGUAUGGAUAUCAUGAAAGUCGCCAAAGAUGCAAUGGUCUCGAUUGAGCAAUUUUUCGAACCUGAUCAGGACUUUGUUGAUUCUUUCCCUUGGCUAAUGGACAACGUUAAUGUCAACAACGAUCCAUUGAGCACUGCAUCAGGCGAUGUGUCAGAAAUUCCCGCACUUGGAGUUCCCAAUAUCCUUGACGAGCAAUCCGUCCUGCCACAAGGCAGGUCCGAAACGCUAGACCAUGGUUUGAACUAUAUGCCUCACUGGCUUGAGCAUGGUUUCAACGUUCAGCAAAUCCCAGAGAGUCUUUUCUAG